GACAAGACAGUGAAGAAUGAAGAUAGAAAUUGACAAAUCAUUCAUCGAGACCCAAAAGAGUUAGAGAGGGAGUCCACAAACGACAUAGGGCACGUGACGUUUUGUAUUGCACUGCUCUGUGGAUAUCAUUUGGACUAAAAAAUCAAAUAAACGCGGAGAAAUUAAAAUCCAUUCUACAAAAGCCCACCAAUCUAGAAUAAUUGAAAGAAAAAAAAGAGAGUAGAAAUUGAAAAUGUGAGGAAGAGUGUAGAAGAGGAAAGUGGGAAACAAAGAUGCGGUGUUUGUGGCUAGCUCCGGCUCCAGCAAUCCCCAAACACGCCACGCCAAGCUACAGUGUUGGUGUUCCUUCCUCCGCCCCUCAGCCACGGCAGCGCUGCCGUGCAAUAGCUCAAACAAAACAAGGGCCAAAGAAGGAAGUGGAGAUCAGUGGAUCAGAUAUACUGCGGGCACUGCAGAGAGCAAGUGCCAGUAAGAGUAAGAGUAAAAAUAGGAACAAGAAAAGGGUCUCAUCCUCUUCCUCUGUGGAGCCUCCCACGGAACAAACAGAAACUGCUGCGGACUGCACCAGUGUUCGCCCACUCUGCAUAAAACCUCACUGGCCUGCCAAAUUAGAUGACUUGGAUAAGCGUCUUCGUGAGCUUUCUGAAACCAUUUAAUUUCUGCCACUCCUCAACCAUCGCUAAAAUUGGAGUUGAAAUGGAUUUUGCUUUCAGUUUUGAAACAAGAGCUAGUAUUAUUUAAUUAUUUUAUUAGUAUAUCAUUUUAUAUAUCUUUGUGUUUUAGUAAUACUGAUUUCAAGGAAACGAGGAAAUCGUGCUUUGCAGGACUAUCACAGAGUUCCGGUCAGGGAUUUCUAUGUUGAGUUAAACAUGUUGAAAUUCUAUUAAUUAGUGUUCGUACUA